AUGCGGUCCGGUGCCAGCACGACACCCAGUGCUGCGGCCCCCAGCACGAAAUCGAACGCCCCUCCGCCGCCGCAUCCCAUCGGUGUUCCCCCGACCCUGCCGUCAGUUCACCAGCUCUCGGGCGGCUCUCUUCACCCGCCCUACACUCCCGGAACUGCCACGUCGUCCGCGACCAUCAUGGAGCGCGAAUCUCUGCCGUCGAGCGACUCUGUCGCCGGCACCCCGCGGGCUGCCCACGCCCAGCUGCCAUCACAGGCGCCCGCCAGCAGCGCCAAUCUGUCCAAUGCAGCCACUGCAGUCCCUGCUGUGCCCGGCCAGGGCCAGAAGCGCGCGUACCGACAACGGAGAAAGGACCCAAGCUGCGAUGCCUGCCGCGAGAGGAAGGUCAAGUGCGAUGCCACCGAGACGACUAGCUGUUCCGAGUGCUCGAGCCGGAGCGUAAAGUGCCAGUUCACCAAGGAGACCAACCGUCGCAUGUCAAGCAUCAAGCAGGUGCAGGAUCUGGAGAAGCAGAUGGAACGUAUUCGUCGCGAGAAUAACAGCCUGCGCCGCAUGCUACAGGAGCGGGACGGCCGCCAGUUCGACAUGGACAUCGACGGCGUCGAGCAGCUGCCCCUGCUGCUGCCCGAGAUUGGUCAGCAGCCCAAGAAGAAGAAGCGCCCGGCUGGCAAUUACGAUCUGUCCCGCGCGAGGGCCAACCUGCAUAACUUCUCGCGUGGUAUUUGGAAAGCUCCUGUUCCCCAUCGCGUGAACCCACCGGCUCCCGAGCUCCGCGACUACCAGCAGAUGCUGCCCCCGCAGCAGAAGACUAACAUUCUCACCGAGGCAUACUAUGUUCAUGUCCACCCCAUGGCCCCCAUCCUGCAUUGGGGCUCAUUCAUGCAAACCGUUGAGGCCAUGUAUCGUCCAGGCAGCCCGCUGCGUCUGCCCCAGGCCUUCCUGUCUGUGUUCUUUGGCGUCCUGACGCUGGGAAGCCUCUUCACGACCCACCAGGAUAUUGACCAGAACGGUCCCCUCGGCGCCCCUCAGCUGCUGGAGACGACACGUUCUCUGAUCGAUCCGUGGUGCAACGAUUACGAGCUUGACCACGUCCGUGUUCUCGUGCUGAUCACCAUGGCUCUGAACGAGCUCAACCUAAAGUCGGCGGCUUGGACAUGGCUCGGAAGUGCCAUCCGGGUCGCUCAGGACCUUGGUCUCUACACCGAGUCCGCCGACCCGGCGCCUACGUCGUUCAUUGAGGCCGAGAUGCGCCGGAGGACCUGGUGGACCAUCUACAUCCUCGACCGCACACUGGCUAUCGAGCUUGGCCGUCCCAUGACCAUCGACGAUGCCGACUGCGAUGUUUCUCUGCCGACAGCCGUGGACGACUGCCACAUCACCGACCACCGUGGGCCCAGCCUGCCUCUGGGUGUCAGCCAGAUCACCACCUCCCUCCUGUCCGUCAUCCACAUCGUGCGCUCGUACACGGCUCUGGCUAGGGCGCUUGCCUCGCCCGUCAUUGCCCCGACCCGCCUGGCUACUUUCGAUCAGCACUUCGCUGCCUGCCGCCGGACCUUCCCUCCGGCAUGUGAUUCCACUUCUCAGGCGCCUCUGGGCAUUGCCUUCCUGAACUCGCUCGCCCAUCUGCUCAACGCCCGCUUGAUCCUCCAUCGCCACAACCUCCUCCCCUCGUGCCCUGCCGACGUGCGUGCUGUUGCCAUCGAACAGUGUACUCACACCGCCCUCGAGACCGUCUCGCUCGUGUCCCGCUGCCCCAGCCUUCUCGACGGCGCUACCUCGCUGCUCAUCACCCACAUCUUCCGUUGUGCCCUCUUCCUGCUCUUCACCGGCUACUUCGACCAGGCCGCCCAAUGCAUCCGCUUCCUCCUUCCCCUCCAGGACCGCCGCGACGUCGUCAUUCCCUGCGCCCGCUUCCUUGCCUUCUUCAUCCAGGCCCUCUCCGCUCGCCGUGCCGAGAUCAUCGCUUACCUGUCUCAGAUCCAGUCCACAGGCCAGCCUUCGCCGUACGGCCCUCUUCCUCCGGCCCAUCACCGCCCGUCUCCUGCUGAGGUGCACAGUGCCUUGCUGCGUGAUGAGGAGCUGCUGGUCUACGUCAGCUGCGACCUACAGGCCAAUGUUGAGACCGCCUGGGUCUGGGCCGGCGUCAGCGAACGUGAGAUCCAGCAUCAUCAGCAGCUGACUCCUCCGCCCAUCAGCCCCGGCGCUAAGAACAGCGCCUUCAGCCCCGAGGUUCGCACUGGCCUCAGCAAUGACGAGAGAUGGGAAUGGGGUCCCGGUUCGACCAGCUGGGAAAGCCUGUUCAACUCGGUGCGUCGUCUGGCGACUGGCGAGGCCGAUACCCCUCCGACUAGCACCAGCCAUGUUCCCCCACCUCCCCCAGCUCAUCACUACAACCAUCACGCUCCGCCGCCGCCGCCGCCGCCGCCGCCACCGCCAUCCGCCUCUCGGCCUCCUCAGCCAUGGGCCGCUUCUUCGUCUGCUCCCCCGCCGCCUCCUCUUCCCCCGCUCAUGCCCCCUCAUCAACAACAGCAUCAUCAGCCUCCUCCCCCGCCGUCUCAGCAUCACCAUCAACAGUCUGCUAUUAAGAUGGAGAUCGCUCCUCCUCCUCCUCCUCCUCCUCCGCCGCCGCCGCCUAUUCCAUCGGCGUCUGCGACGCCGAGGCCGACGGGGAGUGGGUUGAGUUUGCCACCAGUGAGCAGCAGUCCGACUAAGGGGGGUUUUGGGGCAUCGGUGAAGAAUAAGAGGGACGAGAGGAUUAGUAUUGCAAACAUUAUUUAA